AUGGCCACCAAGAACGCUACCUUCCAUGAAAGCAGAGCCAAGCCUCUCUCAACCCAGGAUGCAGACUGUGAUGACCCUGAUGUCUUUGAAGCUGUGGACAUAGCACUGAGAAAAUAUAACGGAGACAAAACAGAUGGCAACCAGUUUGCUCUGUACAUGGUGAUGGAAGCCAAGAGAAUAGCGGGCCCUGGCAAACAGUUCUUUGUGAUGUAUCGAAUAAGAGAGAGCUCUUGUGCUGUUGGGGGAGAUAAACUCUGGCACGAUUGUGAUUACAGAGCAUCUGCAGAAGCUGAAUCAGGUGAAUGUAAAGCUCAAGUUUACGUUGACAAGACUGAGAAAAUCAGUAAUGUUACACAGGAAUGCAGAAUUAUCCCAGUUGAAGGAAAGGUGACUCUUUCCCAUGUCCCGUGUCUUGGAUGCUAUCAUCCCAUACCGGGGGACAGCCUACAAUUGUUACCCAUUUUGAGAUAUGCUAUUCGGAUCUUUAAUAAACAGAGUGACCAAUCCUCCCUUUUUGAAGUUGGUGAAAUAAUAAAAGCCUCCAGGCAGGUGGUGGCUGGAUGGAAUUAUGCAAUUGAAUAUGAAGUCAAGGAGACUAGUUGCACCAAGAAUAAUUUUCAGGAUUUAAGUCCUGAGUGCAAACCCAUUGUUGGAGGCCAUAUAGGUACCUGUGAAGCCAAGGCCUAUGUGGAUCUUAAUAACACAAUUGUGGAUGUUGCACAGAAAUGCAAGUUUCCAGUUGAUGAAACUGCACCUCCUCGCAUUUCCAUUUGUGCUGGCUGUCCAAAGCCCAUCCCAACUGACAGUACAGAAUUGGAGGAACCACUGAGAGCUUCCCUGGAGAAGUAUAACGAAGAGAGCAAUGAUGACUUCUAUUAUAAAGCUGAAGCAAUAUCAUAUGCCACCGUGCAGGUGGUUGCUGGACUAAAUUAUAAUAUAACAUUUAGAAUUAGGAAGACGAACUGCUCAAAGACAGAUGUCAAGAAACUGAAUGAAGAUUGUGCGGCAACAAUAGAUGGUAAACCUUUGCUAUGCACAGCACAAGUUUAUGUGAUACCCUGGACAAAGACAAUACGCCCUAAGGUUAGCUGCACCGAAGAGGAGACUGUAUUAGCAAGAAGGCCUCCAGGUUUUACUCCUUUCCGAUCUCUAGCUGUGAAAGCUGAAACCGCUCAACAUACACCCCAAAUUAAAAAUGAAAAGGGACCUAGAGAAGAACAAACCUCUACCACAGGGCCAAGAAAAGAUGUUAGACAUGAACCAGCAGAUGAACAGGGGCACAGACAUGAUAUUGGGUGUGGAGCAGAACAUGAACAUAGACGUGGACAUGAAGAUGAACAUGGGCGCAGACAUGAUAUUGAGUGUGGAACAGAACACGAACAUAGACGUGGACAUGAAGAUGAACAUGGGCGCAGACAUGAUACUGGGCGUGAACCAGAACAUGAACACAGACGUGGACAUGAAGAUGAACAUGGGCGCAGACAUGAUACUGGGCGUGAACCAGAACAUGAACAUAGACGUGGACAUGAAGAUGAACAUGGACGCAGACAUGAUACUGAGCGUGAACCAGAACAUGAACAUAGACGUGCACAUGGACGUGAGGAUGAACAUGGGCGCAGACAUGAUAUUGGGCGUGAACCAGAACAUGAACAUAGACAUGCACAUGGACGUGAGGAUGAACAUGGGUGCAGACAUGAUACUGGGCGUGAACCAGAACAUGAACAUAGACGUGGACAUGGACAUGACGAUGAACACAGGCGCAGACAUGAUAUUGGGUGUAGACGAGAACAUGAACAUGAGGAUAAACAUGGACGUGGGCACGGGCAUGGAAAACAUAAGGAUAAACAAAAGAAGAUAAAGGAUAAACAUUCAAAAUAUGAGUCUUCUGAAGAAUUCCAUGAGAAGGUCACUAACCAAAAGGAGACACUGCUAGCUGCAGUAGCUGAAAUAUCAGAAGGUACACAAUCUCCUAAGCCUGAUCUGGUAGAGCUAGAUGUGCUAUCUAGUACUCAGCAGUCCACAACAGAUCUAACAGAUGGUUUCAUUGAGAUCCCUGAUCUCCCUAUAGAAAUCCCUGAUCUCCCUGCAGAAACAGACAGCCCUGGAAUUAUUCCUGAUAUUCCUUUAUUUGAUGGGUUGCCAGAUCUCCCAGAACCAUCUGUCCCAAAGUGUCCUGGAAAGCCAUGGAAACCAAUCAUAGACCUCUCAACUACUACUAACAAACCUAAAGUACUGACAAAAGAGGAUCUUUUACCACAUCCGUCUGAACGCACCACCCCAACACCAGAAAAAUAAGCACCUACCCCCAUGGUGCUCAGAUUUUGAUCUCAUGGAUUUUCUACUGUAAUUCAAACAAUUUAUGGUCCAUUUUUUUAGGCAACAAACAGAAAAUCAUAAAAAUUAUUUUUUGUUAAAUGUAUAAUACUAUAGAGCAGUGGUUCUCAUCUUGUUAGCUAUGAUACUUAAAAGGGUCACCAGUAGUUUUCUGGAGGAAUUGAGAGCAUGAGCCAAUUCUCUGUGCCUGACUCUCUCCUCAUACAGGUGUAGAUCAGGAGUAACUCCAUUAAAAACAAUGAGUUAGGGUAUGUCUACACUAUGAAAUUAGGUCGAAUUUAUAGAAGUCUUUUUUUAGACAUCGUUUUUAUACCAUUGAUUUUGCGUGUCCCGACACAAAAUGCUCCAAGUGCAUUAAGUCGGUGGACUGCAUCGAGUACCGAGGCUAGCAUCGACUUCUGGAGCGUUGAACUGUGGAUAGCUGUGGGUGGCUAUCCCACAGUUCCCGCAAUCUCCGCUGCCCAUUGGAAUUCUGGGUUGAGAUCUCAAUGCCUGAAGGGACAAAAACAGUGUUGCAGGUGGUUCUGGGUACAUGUCGUCAGGCCCCCAUCUCCCUCCCUCCCUCCGUGAAAGCAACGGUAGACAAUGGUUUUGCACCUUUUUUCCUGGGUUACCUGGGCAGACGCCAUACCAUGGCAAGCAUGGAGCCCGCUCAGCUCACCGGCACCGUACGUCUCCUGGAUGCUGGCAGAUGUGGGACUGCAUUGCUACACAGCAGCAGCUCAUUGCCUUUUGGCAGCAGACGGUGCAUUAUGACUGGUAGCCAUCGUCGUUGCACUCCUGGGUGCUCUUUUAGCCAACCUCUGUGAGGUCGGUCAGGGGUGCCUGGGCAGACAUGGGAGUGACUCAGCCAGGUCAUCCCAUUUUCUGCCAAGCACCCCAGGAGAUGAUGAUGGCUAGCAGUCGUACUGCAGCAUCUUCUGCCAAGCACCCAGGAGAUGAUGAUGGCUAGCAGUCGUACUGCACCAUCUGCUGCCAGCCUAAGAUGUAAAAGAUAGAUGGAGUGAACCAAAACAAGAAAUUGACCUGAUUUGUUUUGUGAAAUCAAUGGCCUGCUAAACCCAGGGUUUUGAGUUCAAUCCUUGAGGGGGCCAUUCUGUGUGACAGUUGUUUGUGUUUCUCCUUGAUGCACAGCUAUCCCUUUUGUUGAUUUCAAUUCCCUGUAAGCCAUGUCAUCAGUCACCCCUACGUCCGUCAGGGCAAUGGCAGACAAUUUGUUUCAUGCCUUUUCUUCAGCACAGAACCAGAAGCUGCAAAAGCAAAAGCAGGUGAGGAGGCGAUGGCAGUGCAGUGACGAGAGUGAUGAGGACAUAGACUUCUCACAAAGUAUGGGCUGGGCAAUGUGACCCAGCAAUGUGCACAUCAUGCUGAUGAGCUCUGCAUGGCCACCUGUGCUGAUCAGCUCGCCAUGCUGGCCAAACAGGAAAUGAAAUUCAAAAGUUUGCGGGCCUUUUCCUGUCUACCUGGCCAGUGCAUCUGAGUUGAGAGAGCUGUCCAGAGCGGUCACAAUGGAGCACUCUGGGGUAGCUCCCAGAGGCCAAUACCAUCAAAUUGCGUCCACACUACUCUAAAUUCGACCUGGCAAGGCAGAUUUCGGCGCUAAUUCCCUCAUCGGAGGUGGAGUAAAGAAAUUGAUUUAAAGAGCCCUUUAAGUAAAAAAAAAGGGCUUUGUCGUGUGUAUGGUUCCAGGCUUAAAUCAAGAUAACAAUGCUAAAUUCGACCUAAAAUCGUAGUGUAGACCAGGCCUUAUACUGGCAUAGAAAAAGUAUAAGUGAGAGGAAAGGCCACUUUUGCUCUAGCUUUCUGCUGAAGUGGAUUUAUUCAGCUACUUGCAACUCAUCGUCCUCACCUCAGAUGCCAGAAACACACUAAGAACCACUGCACUGAUUCCAUGGCACCAUGUUUGAAACAUUGUGGGAACCGAAAGAAUUCUGGGAGUCAUCUGUAGAAACCCAGUCAAAUGAAGCUUGAAAAGAGGGUACAGUAUGAAACAGGGUGAGAAUCCCUUCCUUAGAUGUUUAAAACCAUAGUUUUCAUCUCUGCAGGACUGACAAAUUUUUGGAGAAUA